CGAUUUUCUUUAGCUUCCACGCAGUAAAUGUGACGUCAUCGCGGGGCGAAACAACAACAUCGGCUGUGAUCGGUUCCGGUCCAGUUUGUAGAGGCCCACAGCAAAGAUCCGAACCCAGGAUGUCUGCGGGACCCGGAGGCAGGAACUCGGAGCCGUGGGGCGGAUUCGACGAGCCCCUGAUUCAGGGUAGCGGAGGCUCGGCCGUUAUUGACAUGGAAAACAUGGACGACACAUCGGGCUCCAGCUUCGAGGACGUUGGCGAGAUGCACCAGAGGAUGAAGGAGGAGGAGGAGGUUUCCGAGGAAGCGGCGGCCGCCGAGGACGACGGCGCCGACGAUGGAGAGUUCCUGGGGAUGAAGGGGAUAAAAGGCCAACUGGGUCGACAGGUAGCAGACGAGGUGUGGCAGGCGGGGAAGAGACAGGCGUCCAAAGCCUUCAACCUGUACGCCAACAUAGACAUCCUGAGGCCGUACUUUGACGUUGAGCCUUCCCAGGUACGCAGCAGGUUGGUGGAUUCCAUGGUACCUGUGCGCCUGAUCACCUUCCCCCAGAAGGUGGCAGGUGAGCUUUACGGCCCGCUGAUGCUCGUCUUCACCCUGGUGGCCAUCCUGCUGCACGGCAUGAAGACUUCUGGAACCGUCAUCAGGGAGGGAACCCUGAUGGGAACCGCCAUCGGAACCUGCUUCGGCUACUGGCUGGGUGUCUCCUCCUUCAUCUUCUUCCUGGCUUACCUGGUCAAUGCCCAGAUCACCCUGCUGCAGAUGCUCUCCCUGCUGGGUUACGGUCUGUUCGGCCACUGCGUGGUCCUCCUGGUCACCUACAACAUCCACUUCCACUCUCUGUUCUACGGCCUGUGGCUGCUGAUCGGGGGACUGUCCACGCUGCGCAUGGUGGCGGUUCUGCUGUCUCGGACUGUGGGUCAAACUCCUCGUCUGCUGCUGUGUGGGACGCUGGCACUGCUGCACAUGAGCUUCCUGCUGUACCUGCACUUCAGCUACCACCGGAUCGUAGAAGGUCUGCUGGACUCUCUGGAAGGACCCGCUCUGGCCCCCAUGGGGCGGGUUGCCCGGGACGUGCAUGAGGUGACGCUAAACUUGAGCUCCAGUAGCCUGGGGACCCUGCUGAGGGCCCACUGAGGGAGGGGCCUCCCUAUGUUCUACAGGAGCUGGUUCAGAUCUCCUCUGGAUCCAUCAGCAGAACCUGGUUCUUGUGUCCAGAGAAGAUCACAGCUGUGACCAGGACCUCCUCCUGGACUUUUCUCCUGUCGCCAGUUUACUGGGUCCAGUUGUUAUUAGUUACUGUGUUGUGUUUGAGGGCCUGUGGGAAAUCUUAGCUUCUCUGUUCACUGACCUUCAAUAAAGUUCUGACCUCCCA